AUGUGGUCUAAUCUUAUUGCAAGCGUAGUAGCGGCGCUACUCUUCACCGGUGACGCCGACCGACUUCUGAUUGUGGAGAAAGGGGUCGGGAUCAGCCAACACAAGCUCGAUAUUGACGGGUGCAUUUAUUCCUCGCGCAUUCUUAUUCCUAUGCCUGACCUGAACCACGGAAUCUAUCUUGGAAUCGACGGCAAUACACUAUAUGCCAGCUCAGCCACAACGGUUUUCAAAUGGCCAUACAACCCUAAAAAUGGAGAUGUCGAUGGAGAGCCAACUACUGUGAUUUCAGGCAUGUCGCCCAACAACCACGUUACGAGAACAUUGAUCAUUCCACCCCACUGCCCGGAUCUUCUGGUCGUUUCUCACGGUUCCACGGGUAACGUCGAUUAUGCGGCUGCCGAUCCGGGAAUAUCAAGGGCUACUGUCAAAGUCUUUAAUAUCUCGGCCCCACCCGACGGUGGUUACAACUACGUCAAAGAUGGCUGGCGUGCCGGAUAUGGUUUGCGAAACGAAGUAGGAUUGGUAUUCGAUGGCAACAAUAUGCUCUGGGGCGUAGAGAAUAGCGCCGACCAACUGACACGCGACAUCAACGGAACAUCUACAGAUAUUCACAACGACAAUCCAGCCGAGGAACUCAACUUCCUUGGCGAUGUUAUGACUCCUAAUGAUAAGUGGUAUGGGUAUCCGACGUGUUUUACGGUGUGGCAACCCGAGGCAGCCAUCACCAAUGCCACUAGCGGGAACCAACUAGAUGUCGGCCAGCAAUUUGUUCUUGCGCCGAACGAGACGUUCAACGACAACACAUGUGCGCGAAUGUCAACACCACCGCGGCUUACCUUCGAGGCUCACACCGCACCUCUUGAUGCUAAAUUUGACGCGCCCAAGUACAACAACCUGUUUGUAACGUUGCAUGGUAGUUGGGAUCGCAAUCCUCCGGCUGGGUACAAGCUUGUUGCGGUACCGUUCCAGCGUGAUGCUGCCAAUGGUGGAGCUUACGCACCUGUCGCACCAGCUAAUUGCAAGACCGGGUACGUAGAUAUCUUCUACCCACCCGACGAAGGGAACUGCUCGUCAUCAAGCUGCGCGCGACCCGUUGGUCUGGUCUUCGACGAGGCCGGACAGCUAUACAUGUCAAGCGAUACAUCCGGCGAGGUGUUUAAGCUGUUUAACCCUUGAAGAGGACUUUCUAAGGGAUGGGGGGACAUUCCAAAUUGCUGGGGACUGAACGAUGUUUGCCUAACAAAGGUGUUUGCGGUGUCUUAUGAAGAAGUCAAUUAGGGGCCUAGGGCUUGAGAGAUAAAACCAUACCCUCGUCAGGGUUCGAUUGCCUAGCCGGAGUUA